CUAUCACAGAGGAAUUUGAGCUUUCCCUCAUUUCGUCUUUGUACUUCAGAGGGGUUUGAGAGCAAUGGGUUUACUGGUGCCUAUCCUGCUGGCUCUUCUAGCCUCUCUAUUUGGUGGGCUUUUCCUUUUAGGAGCAUUCAGAAGGCGACGGCCCAAUGAACCCCCAUUGGAUCGGGGUCCCAUUCCCUGGUUGGGCCACGUGUUGGAGUUUCGCAGGGACACGGCAAAGUUUUUAGAGAGGAUGAGGAAAAAACAUGGGGACAUAUUCACGGUACAACUCGGGGGGAAUUACUUCACAUUUCUCAUGGAUCCUUCAUCUUUUGGUGCGGUUGUCAAGGAGGCCCGCGCCAAACUGGACUUCAAUGCUUUUGCCAGGAAGCUGGUGAUCAGAGUAUUUGGUUACACGCCGAUGGAAAAUGAAAGCAAAUUUUCCCAUGUUUCCAACAACAGGCAUCUGAUGGGUGAUGGAUUGGUAUUAUUAACAGAAAGUAUGAUGAAAAAUUUGCAGAACCUCAUGCUCCACAGUGUAGGUAAAGGGGGAGACCAAAAAACCUGGAUUGAGGAUGAACUUUUCAUGUACAGUUAUAACAUUGUUUUCAGGGCAGGGUAUCUAUCACUGUAUGGUAAUGUGUCAUCAAGGGAGGCUGGCAGCACUGAGAAAUCCUUUGAGAUGGACAGAAUGCAAUCUGAUGAACUGUUUAAGGAGUUUCGUAAGUAUGAUCAAUACUUCCCAAAACUGGCCUAUGGCGUCCUAUCACCCAGAGAGAGGUUUGAGGUCAAGAAGCUGCUGAGGCUGUUUUGGAAAACCUUGUCAUUACAAGUGUUCAAGAAUAAGGACAAUCCCAGCGGCUGGGUGAAUGAACUGCAGCAGACUAGAGAGGACCUAGGAAUGAAGGAGUUCAUGCAAGACCGGUACAUGUUUCUAAUCCUGUGGGCGUCCCAGGGAAACACUGGGCCUGCUGCCUUUUGGCUACUUCUGUAUCUCAUGAAGCAUCCAGAGGCCAUGGCCGCUGUGAGGGGGGAGGUGGAUCGGGUGGUGACGGAAUCUGGGCAGGAUGUGAGGGUCGGCGGCUCUAUCGUCAACCUGACCUAUGACAUGAUCCAGAAGACGCCGGUCCUCGACAGUGCUCUGGAGGAGACCCUGCGGCUAACCGCUGCGCCUGUCCUCACCAGAGCCGUGAUGGAGGACAUGAAGCUCAAGAUGGCCGAUGGCAGCGAGUAUCAGAUCCGACAAGCCGACCGGGUUUCCCUCUUCCCUUACACUGCCGUUCAAAUUGAUCCUGAAAUCCACCCCGACCCACUUUCUUUCAAAUAUGACCGUUUUCUCAACCCAGACGGCAGCAAGAAGACCGAUUUUUACAAGAACGGGAAGAAGUUGAGGUACUACACGAUGCCCUGGGGAGCUGGUGUCAGCAUGUGCCCUGGGCGCUUCUUUGCCACGAAUGAGAUGAAGCAGUUUGUGUUCUUCAUGAUAUUAUACUUUGACUUUGAGCUUAAGAAUCCUAAAGAGGAAACACCUGACAUUGAUCGCACUCGAUGGGGUUUUGGGGCCAUGCAACCCACCCGAGAUAUUGGUUUCCGAUACAGACUCCGAUUGUAAAUCACACAUCACACUUUUGAGUUAAACUUAUGGUUAUGAAUUGAAACUUAGUUGAUGUUAUGUCUUCAGGCACCUAAUCUUGCACAGUAUCUUAAAGAUGUAUGGUUGCUUCAUGGCAGAAUAUUUUUUAACAAAUCAAAUGUUAAAUAACACACAUACACAUGUGUAUGUGUUAAAAAAAACAUGUAUGCGUUAAGAUAGCCAUCAUAAGACGGCGUGGUGGUGGGGGGUAGAUUACUGUUGCUCAGAGAAUAGUUAAAAUAUAAGAAGAGGUAGUGCUAACAGACACUGAUUGAGGGAGAAAUUAAAUCGCUUCAUUCAACAAUCUGCUUAACCUAUUUUGUCAUUCUGAAAUCCUUCAAAUGUCAACCAUGUCAUGUCACAUUCCCAUUAAAAAUGCCAUAAUCCCCCCCUUUA